UGGACGGGCAGCUCUCCGCAGAAUCCAGGGGACGGUUGCUGAGCGGGCCUGGGACACCGGGUCGCGGCGCCUCCCGCCUGCGCGUGUCUAAUCCAUCUGCCGGGUCCCGAACAAGCUAAGCCGAGCCUGCGCCAGACGGGUGGGCUGGACUGAGAGAAUUCUCUGAGCUGGUGACAGGUGCCACAGGCACUGGGGAUCUCACCAGAAAGGAACCAACGGAGCUAGGCGCCAGCGAGAUGUCAGACGACGCCUUAGCUGGGCUGGAUGAGGGUGCCCUUCGGAAGCUGCUGGAGGUCACAGCGGACCUGGCAGAGCGGCGGCGCAUCCGCUCAGCCAUCCGGGAACUGCAGCGGCAGGAGCUGGAGCGCGAGGAGGAGGCCCUGGCAUCCAAGCGCUUCCGUGCCGAGCGGCAGGACAACAAGGAGAACUGGCUGCACUCUCAGCAGCGGGAAGCUGAGCAGCGGGCUGCCCUGGCACAGCUGGCAGGGCAGCUGGAGUCCAUGAACGAUGUGGAGGAGUUGACUGUGCUGCUGCGAAGCGCCGGUGAGUAUGAGGAGCGGAAGCUGAUCCGAGCUGCCAUCCGCCGCGUCCGGGCUCAGGAGAUUGAGGCGGCCACCUUGGCUGGGAGGUUGUACAGCGGGCGUCCCAACAGUGGCUCCAGAGAGGACAGCAAGGGGCGAGUGGCACACAGGCUGGAACAGUGUGAGGUGCCAGAGCGAGAGGAACAAGAGCAGCAGGCAGAGGUCUCAAAGCCAACCCCCACCCCUGAAGGCACCAGCCAGGAUGUGACCACAGUGACACUCCUGCUGCGGGCCCCUCCUGGGAGCACCUCCCGCUCACCUGCCUCACCCUACAGUUCACCCACCCCUGCCUCUCCCGAGCCUCCACUGGAGCCUGCUGAGGCCCAGUGCCCUACAGCCGAGGUUCCAGGCAGCCCAGAGCCAACUGCCAGCCCACCCAAGACCACCAGCCCUGAGCCUCAGGAGUCUCCAACGCCCCCCAGCACUGAGGGCCAGGUGGCCAACAAGCUCCUGUCUGGCCGCAAAGAGACCCCUGCUGCCCAGAGUCCCCCCAGAGGCUCCUCUGACACCAAGAGAGCAGACCUGGCUAGACCCCGACCCUGCCAACGCUCCCUGUCGGUGCUCAGUCCCCAUCAGCCAGCCCAGAACCGAGAGUCCACCCCCAUUGCCAGCGGAUGUUCCUCGUUCCAGCGGGCUGGCUCUGUGCGGGACCGUGUCCACAAGUUCACAUCUGAUUCUCCUAUGGCUGCUAGGCUCCAGGAUGGCACACCCCGGGCUGCCCUAGGUCCCCUGACCCCUGCAAGGCUCCUGGGCCCCUCCCUCACCAGCACCACCCCUGCCUCCUCCUCCAGUGGCUCCUCCUCUCGGGGCCCCAGUGACACCUCCUCCCGGUUCAGUAAGGAGCAACUCGGAGUAGCCCAGCCCCUGGCCCAGCUUCAAAGCUGCCCCCAGGAGGAGGGCCCCAGGGGGCGGGGCUUGGCUGCCAGGCCCCUUGAAAACAGAGCAGGGGGGCCUGUGGCACGUUCAGAGGAGCCUGGUGCCCCACUGCCCGUGGCUGUCGGCACUGCCGAGCCAGGGGGCAGUAUGAAGACCACAUUCACCAUCGAGAUCAAGGACGGCCGUGGCCAGGCCUCCACAGGCCGGGUGCUGCUGCCCACAGGCAACCAGAGGGCAGAACUGACACUGGGGCUGCGGGCGCCCCCGACCCUCCUCAGCACCAGUAGUGGGGGCAAGAGCACCAUCACCCGUGUCAACAGUCCUGGGACCCUGACUCGGCUGGGCAGUGUCACUCAUGUCACCAGCUUCAGCCAUGCCUCCCCCGGUAGCCGAGGAGGUUGCAGCAUCAAGAUGGAACCAGAGCCAGCAGAGCCUCCCUCUGCAGCAGUGGAAGCGGCCAAUGGGGCCCAGCAGACCCAAGUGGACAAAGCACCAGAAGGGCGGAGCCCCCUGAGUGCUGAAGAGCUGAUGACUAUUGAGGAUGAAGGAGUCUUGGACAAGAUGCUGGAUCAGAGCACGGACUUUGAAGAGCGGAAGCUCAUCCGGGCCGCACUUCGUGAGCUCCGACAAAGGAAGAGAGACCAGCGGGACAAGGAGCGGGAACGGCGGCUGCAGGAGGCACGGGCCCGGCCAGGGGAGGGCCGUGGCAACACAGCCACUGAGACCACCACGAGGCACAGCCAGCGGGCGGCUGAUGGCUCUACUGUCAGCACUGUUACCAAGACUGAGCGGCUCGUCCACUCCAAUGAUGGCACACGGACGGCCCGCACCACCACAGUGGAGUCGAGUUUCGUGAGGCGCUCGGAGAAUGGCAGUGGCAGCAGCACCAUGGUGCAAACCAAGACCUUCUCUUCUUCCUCCUCAUCCAAGAAGAUGGGCAGCAUCUUCGACCGCGAGGACCAGGCCAGCCCGCGGGCCGGCAGCCUGGCAGCCCUCGAGAAACGCCAGGCCGAGAAGAAGAAAGAGCUGAUGAAGGCGCAGAGUCUGCCCAAGACCUCAGCCUCCCAGGCGCGCAAGGCCAUGAUUGAGAAGCUGGAGAAGGAGGGCGCGGCCUGCAGCCCUGGCGGACCCCGCGCAGCCGUGCAGCGAUCCACCAGCUUCGGUGUCCCCAACGCCAACAGCAUCAAGCAGAUGCUGCUGGACUGGUGCCGAGCCAAGACGCGCGGCUACGAGCACGUGGACAUCCAGAACUUCUCCUCCAGCUGGAGUGACGGGAUGGCCUUCUGUGCCCUGGUGCACAACUUCUUCCCUGAGGCCUUCGACUAUGGGCAGCUUAGCCCUCAGAACCGACGCCAGAACUUCGAGGUGGCCUUCUCGUCUGCGGAGACCCAUGCGGACUGCCCGCAGCUCCUGGAUACAGAGGACAUGGUGCGGCUUCGAGAGCCUGACUGGAAGUGCGUGUACACGUACAUCCAGGAGUUCUACCGCUGUCUGGUCCAGAAGGGGCUGGUAAAAACCAAAAAGUCCUAACCCCUGUUUGGGGCCCCACGGAUGCUGGUGGACUGCGUGCCCCUCGUGGAGGUGGAGGACAUGAUGAUCAUGGGCAAGAAGCCCGACCCCAAGUGUGUCUUCACCUACGUGCAGUCGCUCUACAACCACCUGCGGCGCCACGAACUGCGCCUGCGCGGCAAGAAUGUCUAGCCUCCCCGCCCGCACGGCCCGCCAGUGGCAAGCUGCUUCCCCCACCCUCCGGGCACCGAUCCCUCCCUGUGCGCCUGCCCACCGCUGCCCUGUCUGUCGCGACACCCUCCUCUCACAUACACACGCAACGUUUUGAUAAAUUAUUGGUUUUCAACGA